GGGGGAGAAAGAGGAAGAGGAGGAGAAAGAGAAAGAGGAAGAGGAAGAGGAGGAGGAAGAGGAAGAGGAGGGUGUUGUUCCUCCAGCGGCCUCAGGGGGCAGUAAUGAGCUCAUCAUCCCAAACCUGAAAAACAAACUUCAACACGCGACACAGAGCGAUGUGACUCGGAGGCUUAAUAGCUUGUGACUCCAUGGAGCAGCUGGAGGAGAGGAGAUAAUGCUAUAAAGUAGAGGUACUUUCUAAGUAAGGCAGAAUGUCCUCCGGCCACAGGCUGAGGGAUGUGGAGCAGCAGCGCCCCUUGCUAGACGGGGAGGAGGAGGAGGAGGAGGUGGAGAGGAGUUCCCGCAGCGAGGCAAAGCGACUCUGGUUCAUCCAGGAUUGUUGCGGUAUUGUGUGUGCCGUCAUCACCUGGUUCCUGGUCUUCUUCGCUGACUUUGUGGUCACCUUCGUCAUGCUGCUGCCCUCCAGGAGCUUCUGGUACGCCGUGGUCAACGGGGUGGUCUUCAACAGCCUGGCUGUGCUGGCGCUGGCCUCCCACCUCCGCACCAUGUUGACCGACCCGGGAGCCGUUCCUAAAGGAAACGCCACUAAAAAGUACAUGGAGAGUCUGCAGCUGAAGCCGGGCGAGGUCAUCUACAAAUGUCCAAAAUGCUGCAGCAUCAAACCUGAGCGGGCUCAUCACUGCAGUAUCUGUAAGCGCUGCAUCCGCAAGAUGGACCACCACUGUCCCUGGGUCAACAACUGUGUUGGGGAGAAAAACCAGCGCUUCUUCGUCCUCUUCACUAUGUACAUCUCUAUGAUCUCCAGUCACGCUCUGGCUCUCUGUGGAUACCAGUUCAUCACCUGCGUCAGAGUCCAAUGGAGAGAGUGCAGUGAUUUCUCCCCACCGGUGACAAUGAUGCUGAUGAUCUUCCUCUGCAUGGAAGCCCUCCUCUUCUUCACCUUCACAGCAGUUAUGUUCAGCACUCAGCUCCACUCCAUCUGCAACGACGAGACGGAGAUUGAGCGUCUGAAGAACGAGAAGCCGACGUGGGAGCGACAGACUCGCUGGGCGGGGCUGAGGUCGGUGUUUGGAGGUCAGCCGUCUCUGCUCUGGAUCAGCCCCUUCGCUGGACUCAAACUGCCAACCCUGCUCCCCAGACGCACCUGGAAGGGCGGGGCGGAGUUCUCCGUCUGACAAGCUGUCAUUCAAACAAACCACAUCAUGGUGGUGAUGAACCUGCACAGAACAGCUGGGUUUGCAGAGCGCUGCCUCGAGGCUGUUUAUGAGCCGGAGAAACCAGGUUCAGACUGCUGCAAAAUGCAUCUUUUACCUUCCUGUCAGGUGGCGGAGCAUCGUCCCUACUGAGGAAAUUAAAGUCAGACUGACUGGAGGCUGAUGCUGCUGGAUGUGUGGAGAAGAGUUUCCUCCACAUGAAUCAGUGGGACUCGGUCUCACAACACAUUCAGACUUGGAGUCUCGAUGUUUUUUAAAAUCUGCUCAUUAAGAUGCUGGAUCUUCUUAGAGCAGUUACAGAAAUAAUUAUUUGACUGGUUCCCAAACUUCUGAGGAAGUAAAUUCUGUGAUUAUCACUGCUCUGAUUGUUUUUUGUGUCUGUAGAAGUUGAUCUGCACUGUGUGCAUCAACUUAAAGCCACAAUGAAAUGAAAUAUUAUACAACUGUUAUAAUGAUUUUUCCUUUCCGUUGAUUUAAAUGAUAUCAUCUGUUUAAAGGUGCCCUGUGGAGUUUUCUCAUAAACAAACAAAAGUUACAUUUACAUUCAGUGUUUCUCACUAAAGCACAUUGUGUGGAUCCUUUGGAUCCAACAAAGAUGUAUUUCCUUCCUCAUAAAAGGAUUAGAUUACGGCUAGAAAGGAUCCGUCUUGUGGAAGUAUGACGUCACGUUCUCGUUGUAAUCGAAGCGACGAGAAGGGAAGGGAAAAGAACUUGGAAGGGAUCGGAUGCCCUUCACAGGGCGGAGAAGACUGUUGUAAUAACGUUGUAAACAGGUGAAAUCAUGCAGGUUCACUAGAAACUCCUUUAGCUCACUUCAGCGGGGCCUCCGGCAGCGACCAACCCGCCGCGGACAGACCUAGAUCUGGCUUUCCGACGGUCGGAGCUUCGGCGGGAGGUGGAGAGCUCGCCGCCCAGCAGAAGUGGCUCCUCCUCCAGCCAGGAGCAGAGUUUCGCCUCGCUGCUGCGCUGGUCCCCGCAGGGAGCCAACACCACACUGCUGGAGGCCCAGGCCGUAUUGCUGGGCUCGCUGGAGGGAAGGGAGGCACAGGAGUACCAGAACCAGGACUGAGCGGGCAGACUGUCAGACCCUGCUGCAGUAAAAUUUGGUUUUCUAAAGGGACUGUGGUGCUCGGAAACAAUACAGCUUUGGAUGCCUGCAUAAUGUAAAUACAUGAACACAAACUCUUGCAAGAGUUUUACACAACACGGAUCCUUUCUAGCCAUAAUCAAAGGAUUAUUGAAGUAUUUGAAAUCCUGUAUUGUUUGCAUCCAUGUUUACUACUAGCGUGUAGUACCUUUUGUUGGCACAUUGUUGUGUUUAUUGGCACAAUAAAAACUGUAACUGUAGAUCAGUGGAAUAGUGUAACACCAUUGGCAGGAAUUUGGAUCGCGUUGCCCGUGUGCAUGUGCAUGUGCGCCCUUGUACUUGAGACAAACAAAACAGGGACCUGCAACUGAUCUGUGACCCUACUAGAGGUCUAAAACUCCACAGGAACCUUUAAGAAAUCAUGUUAUAAAAUAAAACAAAAUCAUAUCAAAACGCCGUUCAUUUUUCUUCCGUAGAAUAUUUUGAGUGGUUUCUUCAAAACCCCUAUCAAUAAAUCAAACACUCAAAUGUUUUCAA